AUGGCAGGAAACCGUGGUGCCCUUUUUAAUGUAUUUGGAAAACCAAAGUCAAACACGGGUGAUAAUAUUACUUUAGAAGAAAGCUUAGAAUUAACCACCGUUCCUCCAAACGGACCUAUUGAUGCAAAAUCUUUGGUAAGCGAGCUCCAAAACCCUUAUCCACUUCCAACUCGAGUCAAGCUUGUCAAACAAUUAUGUGAUAUUGUGACAAAAUAUACAUUAUCUAACGUGACGGAGGUUUGGGUCCCUGUACGGGAUCUAUUAAGUCCGAAUAUGCCGCAGGACGCGCGCCAUGUUGCGUUUCAGUUCAUGAUAUCAUGUAUUCAAGGACAAUAUAAUGAACUGGGGCUUUUACGUGCGAUUUUCUAUGAUUCAAUCAAGGCUCACGAAGUUGCAGAGGAUUUUUCUAUUAAGUUUGAAACACUUCGUGAGCUUUGUAAAGAUGGCCGAGAUAUUUCUUCAUUUGAGAAAAAUAUCGGGAAACUCUUGUCAGAAUGGAUAAAUCAGACUAUUAAACGAAUGGAGGAAGAUAUGGAGUCGUUGACAACAUCUCCGUCGCCGCCUUCUGAAUAUCAUAACAUUAAUAUGACUACAAUUGAACAUUCAAAGCUGCAGUCUAUUAUUAAUUUGUUGAUUAAUGUAGUAAAAUUCAAUUUUACACAAUUUGAAGAACACGAUAUCAAAAUUUUUAUCAACGAUAUUGCAACAGUUUGCAAACAUCGAUUCGCUGAUCUAACAGACAUUCAGUGCUGUCAAAGUUUUUGUGAUGUAGUGGUUCGAUAUGGAUACGUGCCAAUAUCUUCCUUAAACAUAUACGUCAACAUGUUAUGCACCACCAUAAACCAUGCAUCUUUCUUACAACAAAGCUGGCAUAUCAUGCAUAAUUUGCUGCGAAGUCAUUGUGCAUUCAGCAGUAUCAAAAUCCUAUGUAACAAUUUGGAGUACGCUGAUAAUAUGGAAUCUCCUCAGUUACUAUGCGGUUCUGUACUGUUUCUUGGACGGGCGCUUUGGGGACCGGAGGAAGUUGAUAAUCUCACAUAUACAUUUACGACAACGCUUACAGCAAUGCGCAAGGCAACCACGUAUAAAAUCAGUGAGGUGAAUCGGGAAAUCUUGGUCCAGAUUGGGGAUUUGGUGUCAAAGAACGAGAAAAAGAUUAGCUUUUUGGAAUGGGAGGUCAUUUUGGAUAUUUUGGAGAAUACACAAUAUCUUGUGUUGGAUUCGGUAAAUGGAGAAAAACUUAUAUUGGAGGAUAUUAAAAGUAUUGAAAAUAACGAUGAAGAAGAAAAUAAUCAAAAGCAUACAGUAAUGUCCGCAUAUAGUCGACUAAUAUUUCUGAUACAGUCAUUGCACAUGUCUAAUUCCUUUGAAGGACCUACCUCCCGAUUUAUGUCACUUAUCCAAAAUCUUUGUGGCUACGUAUCUGAAAACACCUUAUUAAUGCUAUUAGAUUACUACGAUAUAGAACAUCUUCUUUAUCCUUCUUCGUCCGAUUGGAUUGUGACGUUAUCAGAGGUCGUGAACUCCUUUUUCAAUAAUGCAAAAUCAUCCCCAAAGGUGCGACAACGUGUUCUCUCUUUAGUUGUGGAUGUUUAUCAAGCAGCCAAAGAUUUUUUUCAGGAUGAAAUUGUAAAUCAAAUUAUUAUACCGAUGUUCUCGAAUUUUCAAGAAGAACAAAACUUAAUUGUUUGGCAAAGUCUCAUGAUAUUUCUGAUUGAAGUGUUAAAGGAAGUGUCAGAUCAAUGGACUAUGUCUCUUCUUCAGAUAUUGAUUCAAUGCGUUCUUUCAUGUGAGUGUCAUUCACAAAUCGAUCUAAGAAAUUCACAUUUGAAUUCAUGUAAAUCAUUGUCAGCAACAAUUGGACUACUUGAGAUUUUUCAGCAUUCACUCUACGAGAUGGAUUAUUCAUCACAAAAAAUAAAUGUUUACACGCAACUAAUGAGUAUCCUUGCAGAUUUUACCGCUCCUUCAACAUCUCGUCUUGUAAUUCUACAAUUGAUGUUGCGAAUGCGUGUUGAUUAUAAUCAUCGCGUGUAUUUUGUGCACGAUUUAGGAACUGCAAGUGGUGCCCAUAUAUUGCAUCGGGAUUCUAAUGAUGAGGACAAAAUAUCCGCGUUGCAAUCUGACAAAAAUCAAAUGAACAAUAGUGGCGGCAGCUCAUCCAAUGAUGGAAAACUCGAAAGAAAAAAAAGCUGGAAACCUCGUAUAGAGAAAAAGUCAAGCAUUAAGGAUUUAGCAUCAGCAAUUUUGGAUCGUGAUCGUAAAAAUACUACAACUCAGGACAUUCAAGACUCUCAAUCUACCCCCACUGAGCGUAAAGAGAAUAAUAAAACACACGCUAGAAAUAAAAGCGGUGAUGAAGGAUCAAUACCUCCCAUUCAGCAACGUCUUUGGCAUAUUCCCGAUAGCAUUCCUUUUAAAUUGACUGCUACUCGCCCUUCUCCAUAUGUUGUUACUUACCGAUCAGCCUUAACUCCGGCCGAGCAAGUUGGAAUGGAAAUAAUGCCCCACGAUAAUGAAGCAACAUCCACCGUGAAUUCCGAUAAUCAGAAAUAUUGCAUUGUAUUGUCAAUCUCAAUGUAUUUGGACGUUCUAAUUGACAUUCUUGCAAAUGAUCGGGACUGGGAAAUAUUCUCGUAUGUUCUCUGUUAUCUGCCUUUACAAUUAAGCGAAAAACAUGUUUUCUGUGGUGCGACAAAUCAAAUUCUGGCAUUGAAGCAAACUUUAUGUGACAGAAUCUUGAAUAAUCGUCUGGCCGAAGGAAUUUUCCUUCCGCCGGAAAUCAAAAAAGUGGAUAUAUAUAUUAUAGCCUAUCAGACAUUAACGGUAUUAAUUAGCUAUCGAAGUAUAUUUCAAAAGGCACAAAGAGAUGAACUUGUUUUGGCGUUUCAUGUUGGUCUUCAGAAAUGGCCACAUGCCGCCAAAUUUUGCCUACAUGCUUUGAAUGUUUGUUGUUAUGAGUUGCCGAUGUCAAUGACGAAAUUGCUUUCAGAUAUACUUGCUAAAUUGUCGCAAAUUAUCACAACAGCGACAAUGAGUGUACAUAUUUUGGAAUUUCUUUGUACUCUUGCGCGACUUCCUGAUUUAUACAUCAACUUUACUGAAGCGGAUUUUAAACGCGUGUUUGGUAUUGCAAUGCAAUAUAUACAAUAUAGCAAAGCGCUAUCCGCUUCUUCAAUGUCUCCAUCAACAACACCUCAAUCUUCUACACCAACCUCGUCUACUAGUUCUAAUAGUUCAUCUGCAGGCAAUAAUAGUUCACAGCAGAGUACAAAUGCAUUGAUACAAUAUGAACGUAUUAUGGCUUAUCAUGUAAUUUAUUCUUGGUUCGUAUCUAUCAAACUACCCGAACGACGUAAAUAUGUACCUUACAUUGUAAGGAAUCUUUUGCUCGGAAAUGAGGCCUCACAGCAGGUCGAUGAACAAACCGAAACAUGUUUUGACAUGCUUGCUCGGUGUUCGUAUGCCAAUUGUGAUCCAAAACCCAGCGAUUCAUUUAUUAGUCAAUUAUUGUUGGAACAGGGUAAAGACAAAGUUGUAUUACGUACCUGGAUACAAGGAAAUGCACUUGUUACGAUUCGUACAUUGAAGUCAUUGGGUUGGGCUGAGACUAUCAUACGUCGUCCUUCGGCUACGAUGAAAUUUUUGUGUAAACUUGAGAAUCGAAAUAGGAUUGAUGACAAAGAUUUUGUUAGCUUACCUGCUAUGCUGAUGGCUCAUUAUGAUCCGGAUGCGCAAGAUAUUAUUAAUACCCCUACAUUCUCUGAACAAUUAACACAAAAUCAAAUGGAAUCAAAAAAAACAGACAAUGAACCAGGAAAAAAUAAUGAAGAUCAAUCUUUUGAGGAAACAACUACUGUUGAAGGAUUUUCUCUUCCUCAAGAUAUUUUAGAGACUCAUUUGGCAGCUUCCAUCCAAGACAAUAAAUCCUCAUUUCCAAAGAACGAUAUUACUAUAUCAGAAAUUCCAAGUGAUCAUAACAAUGCUAAUGCUUGUAAUGGAUCGCAAGAGAAGUCCACUACUAAUGAACCGACAAUUUCGAAUAAAAGACGUAUCUUGGAUGAAAUAUUUGUCGAUCCUACUAAUUCAUCCGAAAAACUUGCAUAUCGAAAAGAUGAUCCUUAUGUUGACCCAAGCUUUUUGUUUUUGCAGUUUUCACCAUAUCCUGACAUAAUAUCCAAGGUUGGACCUCGACCAUUACCAGAUGACGAAGCCACACGUCGCGCACUAGACAUUUUCGAUCGUACUGCCGUUGUUGAUUUCCACAAAAUUGGAAUAGUAUAUAUAGCUAAAGGUCAGACCAAAGAAUCAGAAAUAUUGGCCAAUAUUCAUGGAUCACCCGAAUACAUCAAAUUCUUAAAUAACUUGGGAGAUUUGGUUAGACUCAAAGAUAACAAGGAUGUCUAUACAGGUGGUUUAGAUACUCAGAUGGAUUUGGACGGAGAAUAUUCGUACUACUGGAAAGACGAUAUAGUUCAAGUGAUAUUUCAUUGUACAACUCUAAUGCCAACAAAUUUAUCCAUCGAUCCACAAUGCAAUGGCAAAAAAAGACACAUUGGAAAUGAUUUUGUGCGAAUUAUUUAUAAUGAUUCUGGGAAAGAGUACGCGUUUGACACUAUUCCUGGGCAAUUCAAUUUCAUUAAUAUUGUGAUCUCGCCACUUUCCUAUGACUCUUUUCUUCGACAAAAGUCAUCACCAGCAUUUACGAACGACGUUGGUGGCGGGUUAAACAAUUUGGAAAUCAACACCUUUUUCAAAGUACAGAUGCAAUGUCUUGCUGAUAUGCCUGAAACCAGCUCAAUCACCGAAUUCAAAAUGGUAUCGCUGACCGCAUUACCAGCAUUCGUUCGAAAUAUCGCAUUACAUGCGAAUAUAUUCGCGCAAGUGUUUUUGCAAAGUGGCGGUAAACGCGGGUCGGUGGAAUAUGUUUCUAAUUGGCGGGAACGGCUACGACAGAUCAAAAGAAUAAAAGAGCGUAUUUUGAACAAUAGUGUUAGUCAUAUGUCUUCUAAUACUUUCCCUUCUAUUACACAGACAUCUGUUUCAUCAGCAUUAGGUUCUAGUAAUACUUCUGUUGGCUUCACAAAUAUUUCAUCAACUUCAAAUUUUGCUGGUUCUGCAGAAGAACAUCAAUUCCAGACGCAUAGCACUAGCGUGCUUGGACUAGAACCU